GCGCAGCAUUGAUAAUAAGUUCGACCUAAAAUAAAAUAUGCCCGUUAGUUUUUCUGACAGGAAGCCGGUUUUGCCCAUAAACACCAACAUUUUGUUAAUGCGUGCUGAUUGGGCGGUUAUUGCUCGAGGACCCCGUUUUCAAACGAUAAGUAGAUACUAGAAGUGCAGUUAAAACGGGGGGGGGGGGGGGUGUUUUGGCCCCCCAUACAGUCUGGACGAUUUCUUGAGCGCCCCCCAUGAACCCUGAAGUUCUAAGAGCGGCAAUUCCCCGCAUUUUUAGAGGCUCGGGCUUCAGUGAACGGAGAGAAAAAGAUGGCGCUGCCCAUGAUCAGAGGUUGUUACAGGCUGCCGUCAACAUUUAGCCUCAGCCGGCUGCUUUUAAAAGAGCGGUUCGUCCUGAAGCGGCCCGGUAACACGCGGCCGGCCCCCUCUUCUCUCGCCGCUGCUACCACAGCGGUCCGUCCCUACAGCUCGGACCAGGGAGAGCAGAAGAAGCACCAGAAGGUGGUGGUGGUCGGCAUCCCGAACCCAUUCAUCUGGUUCCGCACCCGGAUCUACUACUUCCUCAUCAGAACCUACUUCGACAGAGAGUUCAGCAUAGAGGAGUUCACGGAGGGGGCGAAGCAGGCCUUCUCGCACGUCUCCAGGCUGCUGUCCCGGUGCCAGUUUGAAGCCCUGGAGGGCCUCGUAGCUAAAGACCUGAUUGGGAAGCUGGAGGAAAAGUGCAACCUGCUGCCUUCCAACUACAAGAAAGCCCUGUCUGCAGAACCCGAUGAGAUCAUGUACACAACUCCCGGGGACGUGGGAAUCUUCUACGAUGACAAUGGUAGGAAGUUCGUCAGCAUCCUGAUGCGUUUCUGGUAUCUGACGAGCGCGCACCUGCCUGACGACUCCAUGGAGGGAACCCGUAUCUUUCAGGUGGGCGUCAGAGAGGGAGAAGCAGAAACUAAGAGACUACUUACAGCAAUUUAUGAAUUCCAGAGGGAGUUUACUAAAGGAGUGCCUCCAGACUGGAUCAUCACGAGGAUAGAGCACUCCAAGCUUUUGGAUUGAGGUGGUUUGAAAGGAAAACGGUCACAGCUCCAGGUUAUCCACACAGCAGGAGUGAGGCACAACUCCUUCAUGGAAAGGACUAAGCUGGAUUUAUCCACAAUUUCCCACAGAAAAGACACAGGAGCCAGUCGCAGCCAAACAAACCCUGAUGGUCCUGAUGCCGUAAACUUUUCCCAGCGAACACUAAGCAGAGCAGUCUGUUGGCGUGACUGAAUCCAGCGAUUCGUUUUUAAUUUUUCAGUCUUAGAUCUGCUGCUGUGCGCUCUCGUUUUUAAAAGCUUGAACCUGUUAUGAGCUGAAAUCAUUCCCUGAGAGGAAACUCACACUUUCAGCGUUUUUCAGAGAAGACGGACCGACGUCUGCCUCUGUAACCGUGGGCGAUAAAGAUGUACACGGCAGGUUCUUCCCACACAGAGUGGUGUGUGUACACACAGUACAUGCAGUACACACAGUACACAUGUCUGACGGUUAAGGCAGCUUCCUGCAGCUGCAGCAGGUGUUUUGGUUUUAUUAAAGAUUUGAGGAAUGAA